AUGAGGUCCCGGGUCCAGACUCUUUCCUUGGUCAGCAACUCCUGCUUAGAAGCUCCCCGCCCCGAAUGGAAUCUUGACCUGGCGCUAGGUCCCCCGCUGGGAGUGCCCGAGGCUUUCCUGAAGGCCCCAUGCCUUCAGGCCGCCAGGGUCCCAAGGUGCCUGUGGCGGCCCCUCGUCCGCCUGAGCCCUGAGAUCAGCGCGGCCCUCGGUGCUGCAGGGCCCCAGGGCGGCCAGGAAACACCUGCCCCAAGUCCAGGCCCGGCCCCACCGCAGUCCAGGACCCUAAUUCUCGAGUGUCUCUUCACGACCCUGACCCCGGAAGGGCGCUUCCUUGCGAACGAAUUUUUAACUCUGCGGACUGGGAUCCCUUCGCGGCCCCGCGGGGAGCGGAUCCCGGAAGCUAGGCCCAUAUCCGGCCGCGGCGCCUUGCGCGCGGGGUUGGCUGCCGGGAGGUCGACGCUAGUGCGGUGCCCCGCGCGGCGGAGGGGCCCGGGCCGCGGAAUCUGCGCACUGAGACGUCGGCGGAAGGCUAGAGGCCGUGCUCUCGCCACCGCAGAAGGCCACCACUCCUUGAGAAGGCCGGAGGGACAAAGCACCGGGCCUGCGCCGGGGGCAUUCAAGAAGGAAGCCAGGCCCGACCGGGGGGUGGCGCACGCUUCCCGAACCCCAGGCCCACGGCCCGGUUCCGCGCGGGCAGUUGGCGCCCCCUCGGGUCGGCACAGCAGACCUCUUAGUAAUGGUCCCCAGGGAGUACAGGGACUGAGAAACGGAAAUACUACCAUCCUCCAGCCAAUCUGUUGGGAGGACUGCUUGCAGAGGACUCGUGCUCCAGAUGUUGCACUAGAGGCGCUGCAAGUGUGAGCAGCAGGUAGAUGAAACUCAAGAGAAAAGGUGUGGAUAAAUGAAACUAGCCCAUGAUGAACCUGUUUUCUCCGUGACCACAAUAUUAACCAGGAUGAUGGCGGUGGCAGUGGGCCUGCAUCACAGGUUGCAGCAGAUGUUCUCAAUAUUUCUAUUAAAAUUUCCUUAUUUCCAUAUGCAAGAGGAGCCCCAGAGCUGCAUCCUUAUGGUAGCUACCAUGCCGUGAUGUAAGCUGCCAUUCACUGGGGAGCUUUGGCAAUAGAAUUGGCUAGAUCAGCAAGCCCAUGUCAACUAUGGAACAACAACUUGCAGCUCAUCUCUAUUGAUGAUACACUGCCUCUAGGACUGGGACAGAUAGCCACUGAGUACCUGCUUCAAAUCACCCUGCACGUUUUCUCUUUGGAAAGAUAAGCACUGGAGAACCAUCUCGUUACCUUCAGCAAAAAUGGAAACAAAUCAAGACAUUAAGAAUGCCACAGUGGACAGCAGUUAUGCAAGGUUCAGCAGAGGAAGUUUUCAAGAUGGUGUGCCUCACUAGCCAGAAAUCAGAAAAGAUCGAAGCUAGCCUUUUCAUCUCAGCUGCUCCUUAAAUCAGUGCAACCCCUCCAAAUUAAUGUGAAUUGAAACAUGCAUUGCUUUUCAACUUAAUUGAAUACUUACUAUAUGUGAACCACUGCACAAAAUAGGGGAAGAAGAUGUGGGAGACAAAGAUGUGGAGCCUGUCUUCAAUAAAUUUACAGUUAGUUUCAGGGUACAUUGUUUUUCUUCUGCUGUUAAUUAGGUGUAUCCCCAAGACAAUAAAUACAUGAAUGGAAAAGUA